GCAAGUCUCCUGCACGUUCCCAAAACCUUAGCUUGCAAACCAACUACUAAUAUAAAUUCACAAAACUACCCUACUACUUUUCUUUCUAACCAAACAAACCCCACAAUCGUCUAACAUUUAAUUAAAAACAACCCCUUUACUUUUUGGUAACUCAAUAUCCAAAUCCGUCUUUAUCUCUCUUUCUCCUCUUGACUAAGCAAAAUGUUGAAAAAGGUGAGGCGAAAAGUCAAAGUCUUGAUCACCAAACCCUUUAAAAAGCCCAAGAACAGACCUUUAAGACCUCCAUCACCACCACCAUCACAAUCAGAGCCAUCAUCUCCACCGCCUCAAGAAAUGUCUUGCUCAAGGCAAAGAAACACUCCGUUUCUCUUCCCGAGAUCCACUUCCUCUGUUUUACCCGACCCAUCUAGUUUCUUCAGCCGCGAUCUUCUCUCAUCUCCUCUCCCAACAAACUCAUUCUUCCAAAACUUCACUCUCAAAAACGGCGACCAAGCUGAGUACUUUCACCCUUACAUCAUCAAACCAUCGCUCUCAUCUCUCUCAAUCUCAUACCCAUCUCUCUCCCACAACUCUGCUUUCUUCUACGAAGCUUUCAACGCCGACAUCACCAUCACCGGGUCAGAUGGACCCGACCCGCAUUCUCGUAAAACCCAUCUCAUCUCCUCCUUCAGCGAUCUCGGCGUCACUCUCGAUUUCCCUUCUUCUAAUCUCAGAUUCUUCCUCGUUAGAGGAAGCCCUUUUAUCACCUUCUCCGUCAACUCCUCCAUCACAAUCUCAACGAUCCACGCGGUUUUAUCUCUAACCGGUAACACCUCAUCAACAAAGUACACCGCAAAGCUCAACAACAACCAAACAUGGCUAAUCUACGCAUCUUCACCGAUCAAUCUGACAAAAGACGGCGUCUCUUCAAUCAAUUGCGGUGGUGGGUUUUCCGGUAUUAUCCGUAUCGCCGUGUUACCAAACCCAAAUCCAAGCUUCGAAACCAUCCUAGACCGGUUUAGUUGCUGUUACCCUGUUUCCGGAGACGCUGAUUUCACAAAGCCCUUUGCUUUAGAGUACAAAUGGGAUAAACGAGGCUAUGGAGAUCUCCUAAUGCUUGCUCACCCUCUUCAUCUCAAGCUUUUAUCAAACAACGAUUGUUCAAUCACAGUUAUAGAGAAUUUCAAAUACAGCAGCAUCGACGGUGAUUUAGUAGGUGUCGUCGGAGACUCAUGGGUUUUGAAACCCGACCCUGUUUCUGUAACGUGGCACUCAAUCAAAGGAGUUCAAGAAGAUUCUCACCAAGAGAUCAUCUCAGCUCUAAUCAAAGACGUUAACGCUUUGGAUUCAUCAGCUCCGGUGACGAACUCGUCGUAUUUUUACGCCAAGUUGAUCGCGAGAGCAGCGAGGUUAGCUUUAAUAGCUGAAGAAGUUUGUUAUCUCGAUGUGAUUCCAGCGAUUAGAACUUACCUGAAGAACAUGAUCGAGCCGUGGCUUAACGGUAGCUUUGAACCAAAUGGGUUCUUGUAUGAUUCUAGUUGGGGAGGUGUGAUAACUAAGCAAAGAUCGAGAGACUCAGGAGCUGAUUUUGGGUUUGGGAUUUAUAAUGAUCAUCAUUAUCAUUUAGGUUACUUUGUUUAUGCGAUCGCUGUGCUUGUAAAGAUUGAUCCUUUGUGGGGGAAGAGAUACAAACCUCAAGCGUAUAGUUUGAUUGCGGAUUACAUGACGUUGGGGAAGAGAGGAGCUGGUUCGGGUUCGAGUUCGAAUUCGAAUUACCCGCGUUUGAGAUGUUUUGAUCUUUUCAAGCUUCAUUCUUGGGCUGGUGGUUUAACGGAGUUCGCUGAUGGGAGGAAUCAAGAGAGCACGAGCGAGGCUGUGAACGCGUAUUACUCUGCUGCUUUGUUGGGGCUAGCUUAUGGCGAUACACAUCUGGUGGCGGCCGCUUCGACUGUUUUGACGUUAGAGAUUCACGCCGCGAAGAUGUGGUGGCAGGUGAAAGAGGGCGACACUAUAUACCCUCAAGAUUUCACAGCGGAGAAUCGUGUGGUUGGAGUGUUGUGGUCAACAAAGAGAGACAGUGGCUUAUGGUUCGCACCCAAAGAAUGGAAAGAGUGUCGCCUCGGUAUACAGUUAUUACCGUUACUUCCUGUGUCGGAAGUUCUGUUCUCGGACGUGACAUUCGUGAAGCAGCUCGUGAACUGGACAAUGCCCGCGUUGGGGAGAGAAGGCGUCGGAGAAGGGUGGAAAGGAUUUGUCUAUGCUUUGGAAAGUAUUUACGACAAAGAUGGAGCAAUGGAGAAGGUUAAAGGAUUAAACGGGUUUGAUGAUGGGAACUCUUUGAGUAAUCUGUUGUGGUGGAUUCACAGUAGAAAGAGUGAUCAUGAUGAUGACUACUAUGAAGAAGACGAUGAAGGUGGAUACGGUGGUCAUGGCGGUGGCGGGAAGUAUUGUUCGUUUGGUCAUUAUUGUAAUUAAGCUUUAAAGGUUGUUUAGUUUUUGGUGUGAUAAACUUAAGCCUUAAUAUAAACUUGAUCUAUAAAAUAAACUUGGUUCACAUCGAUCA